UUCUUUUCCCGUUUUAUCUUACGCGGGUACGUUACGUUGUAGAAGAAACAUCGAAAUUAUGGCACUGAUACGCAAAAGGAAAACCAAAUUAAAUUCCAGUCCCAAUUGUUUUCGAUUUGAUUUCACCACAUUCAUUCUCAUCACUUCAACCAUUUGGUUUUCAUAAUGAUGAUGAGUGAUCUUCAACAAAAUCAAAAGCAUUCCAUUCUUAUGGUCUCUGAUUUUUUCUAUCCCAACUUUGGUGGCGUUGAAAAUCACAUCUAUUACCUCUCUCAGUGCUUGCUCAACUUAGGCCAUAAGGUGGUGGUUGUAACGCAUGCUUAUGGAAAACGCUCAGGGGUUAGAUACAUGACAGGUGGUUUGAAAGUGUACUAUGUUCCAUGGAGACCAUUCUUUAAUCAGAAUACAUUUCCAACUUUGUAUGGGACACUGCCCAUUAUAAGAACUAUUCUUAUUCGAGAAAAAAUUAACAUUGUGCAUGGACAUCAAACCUUUUCAACACUUUGUCAUGAGGCCCUUAUGCAUGCCAGAAUCAUGGGAUACAAGGUUGUGUUUACGGAUCAUUCGUUGAAUGGUUUUAGUGAUGCUGGAAGUAUUCACAUGAACAAGGUUUUGCAGUUUACCUUGGCAGAUGUGAGUCAAGCCAUUUGUGUUUCUCAUACAAGCAAGGAAAACACAGUUUUGAGGUCUGAUUUGGCGCCGGAGAAGGUUUUUGUAAUACCUAAUGCUGUUGAUACUGCCAUGUUUAAGCCAGCAUUGGAGCGUCCUAGCAGAUUGGACAUUGUUAUUGUUGUUAUCAGCCGAUUGGUUUACCGUAAAGGAGCGGACUUGCUCGUUGAAGUCAUUCCAGAAGUGUGCCGAUUGAAUCCUAAUGUUCGUUUCAUUAUUGGAGGUGAUGGGCCUAAGCGUGUACGGUUGGAAGAAAUGAGAGAAAAGCAUUCUCUUCAAGAUCGAGUUGAUUUGUUGGGAGCUGUACCACAUACACAAGUCCGAUCUGUUCUAAUAUCUGGGCAUAUUUUCUUAAACAGUUCCUUAACAGAAGCUUUUUGCAUAGCCAUAUUAGAGGCUGCUAGUUGUGGAUUGUUAACAGUCAGCACGCGCGUCGGAGGCGUUCCUGAGGUUGUACCAGAUGACAUGAUUGUUUUGGCGGAACCUGAUCCAAGUGAUAUGGUGCGCUCAAUCCAAAAGGCAAUAACUAUGCUGCCUAAUAUUGAUCCUCAAGUCAUGCACAAUCGAAUGAGGGAACUCUAUAGCUGGCAUGAUGUUGCCAAAAGGACCAAAAUUGUAUAUGAUCGUGCUUUGAAGUGUCCCGAUCAAAACCUACUUGAAAGUCUCUCACGAUACCUUUCUUGUGGAGCAUGGGCAGGAAAGAUCUUUUGCUUGGUUAUGAUAUUCAAUUUUUUGUUAUGGCAUCUACUGGAACUAUGGCAGCCUGCAGAUGAUAUCGAGGAGGCGCCUGAUGUUAUUCUCUCACGCAACUGUGAUGGAUUGGAGGGAUGUUGCAGAAAACACAAUAAUGCAGAAAAUCAUAAGAAUAGUAGUGAUACUAAUAAUAUACAUGAUAAAAAUAAUAUUUCAUAGGAAAAUAUAUUUUGUUGUAUACUAGUAAAUUAAUAAGGUGAAGAAGUUUGCUUCAUCUUAGAUUAAUACCUUUAUGAAAUUACAUUGGAUCCUAAAUUCAAUCAAAGGUCUUAGAUUUUUCUUUACCUGUAUGAUAAGAAUGCAUUGGUGAAUUCUCAUUCAAGUUCAAUAUAUGCUAU